UGGGCUGAGCCAGGAGUUAUUGUUGGGGGCCGGCGACAAGUCGUGCUCGUCUCGUCUCGCCUGGUCCCGCCGCGCCGCCACUCAGUCAAAGAUCCUGGACUCGGUGACGGGCUGCUCCACCAGCCAGGUCAGCCUUGGACAUCAGUGACUCUGCUUACUCUUCCCCCCCUCUCUCCCCCCCUCUCCCUCCCUCCUUUCCGCCUCUGCUGGCGCCGAAAGUGUUUCACUUCACGUUGCAGUUUGCUUCAAGAUUGCAACUUUUUGCCAGCGGCUGCUCCGGUGCUGCCUCUGGAGUCAGUCCCAGUGCAAGAGACACUACCACCAUCACCCCCCCUCAACCUCGCCAGUCCUGCACCGCCAGACACUCACUCUCCGGGGGAGGGGGGGCUUUUGCUCCCCUCCCCUCCCCUCCCCUCCUUGUUUUAAACUUGUUACAAAACAACAACCUCCAAAAGUUGCAGGUGUAAACUGGAAAAGUAAGGACAUUUGGAGGCAGAAGCAGUUUACUAGUCACAGUUGGUGAGUUCCCAAAGGUAAAUAUUCCAUCCAUUUCGACUGACAUUGAUUGCCGCUCACGGCAAUGUUUGAGAGAAUGACUGGGCCGUGGGUAACGAGAGCUGUAUUUCCCAUGUGGCUGUGUUUACUGGCUGUGUGUCGAUCUAUCCCGACUCUGCACGACCGAGAUAAACUGAUGAGAGUGGAACAGUUCGAGUUCACGGGCGGCAAUCUGCUGUCGACGGAGAAAGAUAUCAGAGUUAACGAUAUACUCAUGAAAAUAAAACGAGAGGAAGUUGCCGAGGGAAUGGAAACUGGUAAAUUCCCACCAGCCAUGCACUUUUUCAGAGCCAAGCAACUGAUUGAGCAGAGCAGAGUUUUUGACAUCUUAAGGAAUAUGCCGAAAGGUGCGGCGUUACACCUGCACGACUACGCCUUGCUGAAUGCGGAGUGGCUGGUGAAGAAUGCAACAUACCUGCCCAAUUGCUACAUUUGCUUCAGGGCUGCUGGAGGGACCAGAUUUCAUUUCUCUCUCCGAAGCCCACACAAAAAAACGGCCAAUUGCUCGCAAUGGGCCUUGCUCGAGAAGUAUCGACGGCAACUUGAAAACAUCACUGAAUUUGAUAACAGUCUGUACAGAAACCUGACACUGGUAACUGAAAACCCAGAGGAAGCAUACCCGUCGCAAAAUGUGAUUUGGGGAAGAUUUGAAGACUCAUUUAAAGCUGCUUCCGAUCUCAUUUCCUACGCCCCAGUGUUUAAGACCUACUUUUAUGAGGCUUUGAGGGAGUUCCUUCGUGACAAUGUACUCUACAUAGAGUUUCGUGCCUUGCUGCUCCCGGUGUAUGAACUCAAUGGGACUCUGCAUGACAAGGAAUGGUCCAUUCUGGCCUACCAGGAGGUUACCACACAAUUCCGACGUGAUAAUCCUGACUUUAUGGGAGCCAAAGUCAUAUUUUCAGUACCGAGGAAAAUAAACAAUUCUGAAAUGAAAACUGCAGUGUACGAGGCCAUGAAAUUGCACACAAAAUUCCCAGAGACCGUAGUGGGGUUUGACAUGGUUGGCCAAGAAGACGCUGGCCACCCACUGUGGUAUUUCAAGAACGAGCUGUUAAUUCCAACAGAAGCAGGGGUCAGCCUGCCUUUCUUCUUUCACGCUGGGGAGACUGACUUUGAAGGUACAAGUGUAGAUGAAAAUGUCUUGGAUGCCUUGCUGCUGAACACAAGUCGAAUAGGCCACGGCUACAGCAUAAACAAGCACCCGACUGCAAGACGGAUUUCCAGAGAGUUCAAUGUGCCCUUGGAGGUCUGCCCAAUAUCAAACCAGGUGCUGAUGCUGGUGACUGACCUCCGCAACCACCCAGCAGCAGGCCUGAUGGCAGACGGUCACCCCAUGGUCAUCAGUGCCGAUGAUCCAGCGAUGUUUGGCGCUCGUGGUUUAUCGUACGACUUCUACGAGGCUUUUAUGGGAAUAGGAGGCUUGAAGGCGGAACUGACUACACUGAAGCAGUUGGCUCUGAGCUCCAUCAAGUACAGUGCUAUGUCUGUGGAGAUGAAGGAGGAGAGCAUCAAGCUCUGGCUGAGAAAGUGGGAUGAGUUUUUGGACAAAGUUCUCAACAUGUCCAUGUGGGACGAGCUGUGAGAAGAUCAAGUUACUGGCCCCUUGACCUCUGUGUUUUUUUGUGAAAUAUUCUGAUCUCAGGAAGAUUGUGACUGUUUUUAAUUAAUAUUAAAAGGGGCGAUUCCAGCAAUC